AUGGUGCAGCCCAACAAUGACGAAGACGACUACGUCUUCCCUGAGACUACCGAAGUAAACAACGACGAACGCGACAAUUCCCUGACUGUCAUCAAUAAUCCAGCCUCCCCAAUGUCCACAGGCUGGGCGAUACUUUGGAACUCUGACAGCUCCUCCGAUGCCACAUCUGAGCCCAUCGAUGUCAAAGCCUCACCCGACAGGUCUUUCCCAGGUGUUCAUCACCGCACCUUGGACCCUCAAUUAGAGAGCUGGCUACGUCCCGCAUUGUCUGCGACUAUCCCAAGACCACGCCCUGCCCCAACGUUCCAGGAGGCACUCCGUCAAUCCGAGCCCACGUCCUCAGCAUCCCAAUCUUUCGACUCGGCGGCUCGAAAGCCGAUUGACUGGGAAGGUCGCCCAGCUCGAACCUUGAGCGGCGGGAACACGAACUCUUCGGAAGCCGGUCCCUCGCGAAGAGCCUCUCACCGAAUUGGCUUGAACUCGACUGGAGAUCUUCGCGAACAGGUUCUGCACUCCAACCGUAUCUCCAAGCAGGACAAAGCUUUAGCUAACGAGCAAUACUAUCGACAGCUACUUCGAUCCCGCUCCGUCCGGUCCAAUUACCGCGUGCGCGACCUCAGAGAACAUGCCGGCAAGGUUCCGGACCCCGAAUGGCGCUGGUGCGGGUUCCCAGGUUGCGGCAACGGUGCCUGUCGAUACAAUUUCCUUCUGUCAUGGGGGACCGGAUACGUCAUCACCCCUCUUGAUUCAGGAAGAGACUGUGACAUUCUGAAGAAUCUUCUUGACGCCUUUGGCUCUCAGAACUGGAACUACAUGGCGGAGCCCCACAGCCGGGUUUCGUUUGCAACAUCCCCUCCUGUCAGGAAUGCCGUCGGCCAGUUUCUCAUCCGCUUCAACCAUCUACGAGGUACCGCUACGGGAUGGGACAAGGGAGACUAUCAAGCAGCAAUGAUGUAUUUCACCGACAUGCGCACCAGGGACUUUCCCGUAUUGCAUCCGCACAAUAUCGAGAAGCUUCACAGCGAGAUGGACAAGGAAAUCUCGCGUUCGGACUCUGCUGUUGCACCAUGGCGUCUUAUCCUUCAGUUCAUCAUGCACCUCGAGGCAUGGAGACAGCACCAGAUCAAGCAAGGAUAUCCUUGGGACUGGCCUUUUUACGAUGCUCUCGAUAUGUAUCGAACCAUUCUCGAGACUUAUCAGCAAUCGAUCGACAAGGGGUUCUCGACUCUGAAGACUGCGGUGCAGGCAGAGCAGGACAAGGCUUGGGUGCUCUGGUGGGAUCGUCACCGUCCCUGGACCAGCUGUAAGGUUGCCUUUCUUUCUGCUCUUGAAGAUACUAACAAUAUUGACAGAGACAGGAGUUUAGAGGUUGGUUCCGAAGGGAAUAAUUCUUCUGAUGUGGUGGUCUAUGAAGGCGUGGGACAGUACAAGCCACAUUGGUGGCCGAAUUGGCCAAGAGCGCCUGGGUUGGACGCAUCUCUAGAGCUUUGA